AUGACUAUUUCAGUCUCUCAAACUACGGAACAUGAUGAAUAUCAGUAUUUAAAACUUAUUCGACGCGUCUUGGACACUGGAGAUACGCGUCCUGAUCGUACAGGAACGGGCACCAUAGCAAUCUUUGCGCCACCUUCACUACGUUUCUCGUUGGCCAACUCCACUUUACCUCUUCUGACAACAAAGCGAACUUUUAUGAGAGGAAUUGUGGAAGAACUUCUUUGGUUUAUUCACGGAUCAACAGACUCCACAAUCUUAGCCAAGAAGGGGGUGAAGAUUUGGGACGGAAACGGCUCGAAAGAAUUCCUCGAAAGUCGCGGACUCGGACACCGACGGGAAGGCGAUCUUGGUCCGGUAUAUGGAUUCCAGUGGAGACAUUUUGGUGCCGAAUAUGUUGACUGCGAGACAGACUACACAGGGCAGGGUGUUGAUCAGCUUCGAGAAUGUAUUAAGAAGAUCAAGGAAAACCCUACAGAUCGAAGGAUUAUUCUGAGUGCAUGGAACCCCAAAGAUAUCCCACUCAUGGCGCUUCCACCGUGCCAUAUGAUGUGUCAGUUUUAUGUCCAACUCCCACCCGCGUCGAAUCCUUCGCAAAAACCCAAACUUUCAUGUUUGAUGUACCAACGUUCCGCGGAUUUGGGUCUUGGAAUUCCUUUCAACAUCGCAUCUUACGCUCUCCUCACGCACAUGAUCGCACAUGUUACGGGCACGGACGCUCACGAACUGGUCAUCCAGCUCGGGGAUGCCCACGUUUAUCGUGAUCACGUCGACGCUCUGGAGGAGCAGCUCAAAAGGGAGCCUAAACCAUUUCCAAAGCUUCGAUGGGCCAGGGAUAAUAUUUUAGAUAUUGAAGAUUUCGUCUAUUCUGAUUUCGUUGUGGAAGGAUACACUUCUCACCCGGCAAUCUCCAUGAAAAUGAGCGUGUAG